AUGCCGGCCCUGCCAAAAACAUACAAAGCCUGGGUGCUCGCGUCGGUCGGCGCACCACUUGAGCUCCGAGAGGUUGAGCUGAAGCUGCCUGCUGCGGGAGAAAUUCUUGUACAGGUUCGCGCAUGUGGUGUUUGUUUCACGGACGUUGCGGUCCAGAAGGGUGAACUUGGCGACGACCUUUUCCCCCGCGUUCCUGGCCAUGAGAUUAUUGGCGACGUUGUUGCCAUUGGUGAGGGAGUCCAAGGAUUUUGUCUCGACCAACGCAUUGGUGGAGCAUGGCUCGGAGGCCACGAUAACGUCUGCCGGUCAUGCCGCCGCGGGCUCUUCCAAGCAUGCAGCAAUGCUGUAUACAACGGAGCCAGCCGCGAUGGUGGCUACGCCGAGUACGUCCUGCUGCGCGCCGAGGCGGCGGUUCCCGUCCCCAAAGACAUGAACCCUGCCGAGGCCGCGCCAUUACUCUGCGCCGGGCUGACCGUCUUCAAUGCGAUUCGGAAGAUGCACGUCGAACAGGGGAGCCUGGUAGCUGUUCAGGGGAUCGGUGGUUUGGGUCACAUGGCGAUUCAGUACGCGCGGAAGAUGGGCUACAAGGUUGCCGUGCUCAGCUCCAGCGCGGCCAAGAAGGAUCUGGCGCUGGAACUCGGCGCCCACGAGUACAUCGACACCGGUUCGGAGGAUGCAGUCAAGUCGCUCCAGAGGCUGGGCGGUGCAGCGCUCAUUCUCGCCACUGCUUCCCACGGCAAGGCCGUUACCCCUCUGACGGCGGCGCUGCAACCAUCUGGGAAGAUGCUCCUCCUGUCUCCGUCGGGCUCCAUGGAGUUCAAUACGAACGACCUCAUCAUGGGGACGUCCGCCAUUCAAGGCUGGCUCACGGGUAACGCUUUGGAUGCCGAGGAUACCAUCGACUUCGCCAAGACGUUUGGCAUCAAGUGCAUGAUCGAGCGGUUCGCAUUCCAGGACGCUCUGAAGGCAGUGGACUACAUGACAUCAGGCUCGGUUCGAUUCCGCGGUGUUUUGGUAUUCGAUUAG